AGUUUAAGAAGAAAAAUAAAAAUAAAAAAUGUUGCAAAUUCAUAGUUUAUUUUGCAGCCAUCCAACAACAAAAUUCAAUAUGGCGAAAUAUUCCCACAAAAAUUCAUCUCUUCGCACUUAUGAAAAUAAAAAAACAAGAUCACGAAAAUAUAUUGGGAAAUCGGGUGUCAAUAGUUUAUACUUGAAUUCUCUUCACGACCCUCUCGGAGUAGAACUGCCGUCGUCAGCGGUGGAGACUAGCGGCAAUAGUGGCGGCGGGAUAGGCAUCACUAAGUUUUUCCAAGGAAAGAACAUUUUCAUUACUGGUGCAACUGGUUUUCUUGGAAAAGCCUUGGUCGAAAAACUACUGCGAUCGACAUCGGUGGGUAAAAUCUACGUACUUAUGAAGGCGGACGAUAAGGAGAAUGCACUCGAUAGAUUGUCAAAAGAGAUUAUUCAGUCCGACUUAUUUGAAUCUAUACGAGAAAAACAUGGGAAGUCAUACGAAGAAUUUGUACGAGAGAAAUUGAUACCGAUCGUCGGGAAUAAUUGCGAACCAAACCUAGGAAUGGACACAUAUUCCAUGCAUGCUAUUAUGGAUGAAGUAGAUGUCAUAAUUCAAUCUGCAGCAAGCACAGCCUUCAACGAUAGAUACGACUACCUAAUCGAUACAAACGUGAAUGCACCUCAACGACUAAUGAGGCUAGCUAAAAGAUGCAAGAACCUCAAACUUGUUGUGCAUAUCUCAACCGCAUACGUUAACGGAAAACGAGAAGGAUUAAUCUACGAAAACCCACUGGUUAUGGGUGAAAACGGGAGAAAGCAAGAUCAUAUAGUAGAUAUAGCCAAUGAAAUCAACCUGUCUGUGAAAUCUUGCAUUGCCGCCACCGCAGACUCUAAUAAUUCGUCGAAAGCAUUGAAAACCCUAGGCGUCGAAAGGGCUGAAUUUCUUGGAUGGAAUAAUACAUAUACAUUGACUAAAGCUAUGGGAGAGAUGAUUUUGAAUGAAAUAAGAGAAGAUGUGCCACUGCUUAUAAUAAGGCCAACUAUUAUUGAGAGUACUUACAAAGAGCCUUAUCCUGGAUGGAUACAAGGAAAUAGAAUGUGCGAUCCGGUAAUUAUUGCUUACGGGAAAGGGCUGCUUCCGGCUUAUUUGGCUGAUCCGAACGUGCAUCUGGAUGUUGUUCCGGCUGACAUGGUGGUCAAUACAACUAUCGCAGCUAUUGCAAAACAUGGAAUUGUAAUUAAUAAGCCACGUGGUGAAUUGAAUGUGUACCAUGUGGCGGCCGACUAUGCGAAUCCUUUGCGAAUGUCUGAAUUAUUCGAAUAUGUUUACGAACACUUUAGCGCAAACCCUUUAACUUGCUCCACAAUUAUAAAGAAAAUGAAGUUUUUCAAUGAAUUUGAUGAAUUCUCGAAGUACGUUAGGGAUGAAAUGGACGUUGUCGUAAGAAAUAAUGCAGUUGGGUUUAGCGAGAAAACGCUUCAAAAGAUUGAAAAACAAUACAAAGCAAAAGUUGCUUAUGCUGAGGAGCUAUGCAAGAUUUACAAAUUCAUAGGUUUCUUCAGAGCCAGGUUUCAUAGUGGCAACACCCGUAAAUUACUAGAAGAGAUGUCGGAAGAGGAGAGAGACUACUUUGAAAUUGAUGUGACAAAAAUAGAGUGGAGGAAGUAUUUUGUCGAAAUUCACAUCCCGGGUGUACGAAAGCAUCUUCUUCAUUGAAGACUGAUCUAUAUAAUAUAAAUCUAUAUAAUAUAAGCAAAAUAAAUAAGAACAUGACUUCUAGAUUCAAUCUUC